UCUUACCCCUUACCUAGUUACCUUUCCUCCCUUAAAUACCGGAAGCCACCCGAUUGUACAUAAAACGAUGCCGUAUUGCGAGGUCCUGAAAAACCAGACCGGCGGCGAUGGGGAUGCAAUCAACGACAAUGGAAUCAGGAUUUUCUACAGAACGUACGGACACGGGUCAACCAAAGUUCUCCUCAUCAUUGGAUUGGCGGGGACACAUGAGUCCUGGGGCCGGCAGAUUAGCGGGCUGACUGGCACGGAGAAGCCCAACGACGAUGAGAUUGGGGCCGAUGAUAGGGAAUUUAGGGAUGAGAGAGAUGGAGUUGGCUAUGACGGUGCUGGUGGUAUUGAGGUCUGUGCUUUUGAUAAUCGUGGAAUGGGUCGGAGCUCUGUGCCCACCAAAAAAUCCGAAUAUACAACAACUAUAAUGGCAAAGGAUGCAAUUGCUUUAUUGGAUCAUCUAGGAUGGGAAAAAGCACAUGUCUUUGGGCAUUCAAUGGGGGCUAUGAUAGCUUGUAAGUUAGCAGCAAUGGCGCCAGAUAGAGUUCUGUCUUUGGCCUUACUUAACGUAACUGGUGGAGGUUUUCAAUGUUUUCCAAAGCUUGACCGGCAGACAAUGUCCAUUGCAGUCCGUUUCUUAAGGGCAAAGACACCUGAGCAAAGGGCUGCAGUUGAUUUGGACACCCACUACAGUAAGGAAUAUCUUGAAGAAUUUGUUGGAUCUAACACCAGAAGAGUAAUACUAUAUCAAGAAUAUGUAAAAGGUAUAUCAUCAACCGGGAUGCAAUCUAAUUAUGGUUUUGUUGGUCAACUUAAUGCAUGCUGGACGCAUAAAAUGGCACGUUCAGAAAUUGAAGUGAUCCGAUCCGCGGGAUUCCUUGUAUCAGUCAUUCAUGGCAGGCAUGACAUCAUAGCUCAAGUACAGUAUGCUAGGAGACUAGCAGAAAAGCUAUAUCCUGUUGCUAAGAUGAUAGAGCUUCAUGGAGGGCAUCUAGUGAGUCAUGAGAGGACUGAAGAGGUCAAUCAAGCGCUUUUCAAGUUGAUCAAGGUUUCAGAAGUGAAGAUAAGCCCAUUUGAUUGGACUAAUUUGCCCAGCAAAGGCUCUCGAUACUCGGGCACUGAGAUGUCAUGUGCAAUAACAAGUACAGGAGAAAGCAAUGCCUCUUUCAUGUUUAAAGUGCUAGAAAAGCUACACCUUUUCCUAUUAUUCCUGUUUGGUCUCUUUGUAUUGGCGUAUGAGUAUGCAAGAAGAGCUUUAAGAAGACUCAGACCGGCGGCUAGAGUUGGAGCUUCUCUCACAUAAGCUUCUACUCACUUUGCCCCCUUUUUAAUUGGGGCUUCCACUUUGCUGUGUCUGGUGCAGCUGUUCAUGGUUUACUGGCUAUUGUUCGGUAAACGCAUCGGAAUGUUUAACAAGAAGUUUCUUUUAUAACCCAAAAGUUAUUAUGAAUGUUGCUCCUAAAUGCUCUUUAGGCAGUAGUGAUGGAAGGAAACCAAGGAUCCAAUAAUUGUAUGCCUUGGAUGUUGUUUACUUGCAACAAACUAUUUAUACAAUGACUUAUGUACUGUUGGAAUUGGGAGAGAAUAUUACGUUUCUUGUAAUUAUGGGUUGUAAAUAUUCCCUUUAAUUACUUUGAUUUAGUUUCCUAGAAUUAGGUUGAUUUGAUUGA